GAGAAAAAAACAAGAAAUCAACUCAGAAGGAAAAGACAAAACAGCCUUUGAAUUGUCAAAAACCAGCAAAUUCUGCUUAUAGCAACCGAACCUGAAAACAAAUCUAGAAAGAUAAAGAGUUGUAGCAAAUUUGUACAGAAGAAGAUACAGAGAAAACUGUAGCCUCCCCCUCACCAAAAGGAAAAAACGGCAGAUAAAACAAUGGAGGUACUGGAAGAAGAUGAAGAGUACAACUGGAGAGAAGUGAGACUGCCUUCAAUGACACGAAUAGAACCCGAACCAGAGCUUGAAAGAGAGAAAGGGGAAAGAAGAAGAGGCAGAGACAUACUUAUAGCGAUUGAUCAUGGGCCAAAUAGCAAGCAUGCUUUUGAUUGGGCUUUGAUUCACCUCUGCAGGCUGGCUGACACCAUCCAUCUUGUCCAUGCUGUCUCCAGUGUGCAAAAUACUGUUGUUUACGAGACAAGCCAGCAGCUCUUGGAGAAGCUUGCUGUGGAGGCUUUGCAGGUUGCCAUGGUGAGUACUGUGGCUCGGAUUGUGGAAGGGGAUGCUGGUAAGAUAAUUUGCAAGGAAGCAGUAAGGCUAAAGCCUGCAGCAGUGGUGAUGGGUACCAGAGGCAGAGGCUUAGUUCAAAGUUUUCUUCAGGGUAGUGCGAGUGAAUAUUGCUUUCACCACUGUAAAGUAGCACCUGUUAUAAUUGUUCCUGGGAAAGAAGCUGGAGAUGAAUCAUUGAUAUAACAGAUUCAGCACUUGAAGGUCAUGAAAAUCGUUCGAGUGGUUGCAUAGGCUAGCAAGGUUCCGAAGAAGUUGAUUUUCAAUAUGUAACAAGAAUGUUCUGUAAUGCAUGAUGAUAAUUAUCUGUGCUGUUUUAUAUGUAAUAAGGUUGUGUAUUAUAGGUAUAAUAACUACACAUUAGAAUUUUGAUUGAUUAUUUCAGGAUUGCUGUAUUAUAUUCGUGAUGAUAACUAUUUGGUGGAUACCUUACACGGCCGCUCUAUUCCCAGAA